CUGACCAGCUGCUCGUCGGUCAUGCUGAAAGCUGUGGGACAAGCUCUGUUCUCAACUGGACUGCAGAAUCCUAAAUUCACAGCAGAGGAGAAAAAGGAAGGACAAGACUAUGAGAUCCGCACCUACCAAGCUGCUAAGUGGGUGAGCACCUCUGUGAGCGGGAUGCAGUCGGAAGACGCGGGAAAGACGGGCUUCCGCAGGCUUUUCAACUACAUUCAAGGCAACAAUCAAAACAAGGUCAAAGUGGAGAUGACGGCACCGGUGACGUUCCGCGUGGUCCCAGGGGCCGGCCCGGCCUGCCAGUCUCAGUUCAUCACAUCUUUUUACAUCCCCGACGAGCACCAGGCCAGCCCACCCCCGCCCAGCGACCCGGAGGUGUUUUUGGAGGACAGGAAGGAGUUCACGGCCUAUGUGAGGACGUACGGUGGUUUUGCAAAUGAAAACACGAAGCGCGAGGAGCUCCAGAAACUUCUGGACAGCCUGAAGAGAGACGGCGUGGAAUAUGUCGACCACCCGUAUUACACAGCCGGCUACGACAGCCCCUUCAAACUGACCAAUCGCAGGAAUGAAGUCUGGAUCCUCAAGAAAGCGUUUGAGCAGUAG